ACUGAUCCCCAUCAUCAACUUUUUGGAAUCACAUAAUGGCCACAGCAUCAGUACCAUUUGAACAGCGUUUUGUGAGGCGAGCUCGAGCAUUCGAUUCUCAUCAAGGGAUUCACCACGGUGAUCCACAGGAACAGCAACAGCAACAAAACAUACAACAGUACGAACUGCUACAGGAACAAGCUUCAAACCAGCAGCACCAGGAGCAAUCGCAAAACUUGCCACAGGCUCAACAACAAACAAAUCAGACACAGUCUCAGUCUGAAUCCCUUCCCCCUCUUUCUUCAAUUUCAGCUUCUUCAAGCUCUGUGGACCCAUCAGUAUCAAGUACAAAUUUAGCUCCAACUACUGACAAUCAUGGUCCCUCUGGGGGUUCCACUCGAGGUUAUGGUCACAACUUUUCAAAGGAAGAGGAGACAUAUCUUGCUGUACAACUUGCAGACCCAAAAAAUGCAAGUGUCUUGAACGGUCCACCUGAGAGGCAUACUGGGGACAAGCGAAAGCCUGAAAUACGCGAAAAGAUCCUUAAAGCAUUCAAUGAAGCGUUCUCUACGGCAGAUAAACCAAUGAGGGUGUUGGACUGGCAACUCAAGAAUAAGAUCAUGAACAUGAGGAGGCUAUGGAAUGAAGUACAUCGUGUCGUUAUCUCUGCUCAUUCACCCUCUUCCGAAUCAUUUAAAGAAAAAAUUAUUCAGAAAUGUCACUUUUACUAUAUCAUGGAAGAUACCUGGUCCAAACCGAUUCUAGGCGUGAAUCGUAAAGGCACCAAAAAUAACAAGACCAAUGAGAUACUCCAGCCACGAGCAUCGUACUACCGUAGCAACGAAAAUAAUGCUCAGAACAACCAAACUAGCCCCCAGAACAACCAAACUAACUUCCAAAACAAAAAGACUAGUACUCAAAGCAAUCAAAUUGGCGCUAGAAAUAAUAGGGUCAGCAGCCAGAGCAGAGUUAGUAGCCAGAACACUAGGGCUGGGAAUCGGGAUAACGGAACUAGUAGUCAGAGCAAUGAAAAUAACGUGCUGAAUAACAGACCUAGCAGCCAGAGUAAUGAAGCCAGCGUUCAGAGUAGUGGAUUCAGCAGUCAGGAUAUUCAAAGUAAUGCAUAUUGGGCCCAGAACAAGGAAGAAAUGGCCCAUGAUAACGGAGCAAACGCCCAAGGUGAUGAAGAAAGCGUCCAAGGUGAUAAAGAAAGAGCCCCAGAUAACGGAGCAAAGGCCCAGGAUAGUAAAGAAAGAGCCCAAGAUAAUGAGACAAGAACCCAAGACAACGAUACAAGAGCCCAGGACAAUGGCACGAGACUCCAGGAUAAUGAUGGCGAAGCUUCUGAAGAGAGCCAGGAGAGUGAUAGAGAGGCUUCUCGCCAGAAUACUUCCCGAGGGCUCGCUCAACUGAAUCGUGCCUCGAAGAGACGAAGGGAGGAUUUCAAUGAGGCAUUUAGGGCUGCGAAACUAGAGCUGAAGCAGAAGAAGAUCGAAGCGGAUAUUGAGAAUCGUCGAGCGAAGACGGCUGCCAAGAUUGAGCGAAAAAAAAUAAAGGCUCAAGCAGAUAGUGAUGAAAAGAAAGCACGGACGAAAGCGAUGCUGAUGAGACUGGAAACUAUUUUGAAGAGGACAGAAAUUGAUCGUCUGAUGGCUUUAGCAGACCUGGAAAGUCAUCAGCAACAGAAGGAGAAAGACGAGUUCUGUCCGGAAUUAAUAUGAAGGAUCCAUCGUAGAAUAGAUCUUACACUAUUGUUAUCAUCAUCCUCGCCAGCUUCAUCGCUCAUACAGCUGUACAUCACAAAUAAGUAGGUAAAUAAACAAAGAACCGAUGCUCUACAUCCGC